AUGAAGCAAAUGCUGAGGUGCGCCCGGCCGGCCACCGCUUUCAUUCGAGACCUCGAGCGCCAACAAGUCUGUACCUGCACCGCCCGAAAAUUCCACAUCUCGACGACAAGAUGGCAAGAAAAGAACAAGAACUCGAACCCGGGACAGGACAGCCUGUCCUUCAGGGGCCAGCUCUACGAAAGCACCGCCGACCGGCUCAAGCGUGAACGAGCCUCUGAAGCACGAUACAUCCAAGCCACCCGGAGCCGCCGAGCUGCAGAAGGAAGGACGUUUGCACUGAGCGUUGUCAUUCUAUCCGUCGCCGGUGCCGCCUACUGGCUCGGAACCCGAGGCGAAAAAGCCCUGGACACUUCGUCGACCACUCCCCUCUCCCGCGCACAUCCGCCUCAACACGACACUCGGCAGUCGGUCCUCCAAGCUGCCUGGGUGGACUUUGCCCAGAUCGUGGGCAAGGAUAAUGUCUCGACCGUACCGGACGACCUCACGGCGCAUUCGGGCUCGGAAUGGUCGUCCUACACGACCAAGCCUGACGAAAGACCGUUUGCAGUGGUGUAUCCGGCUACAACGGAGGAGGUGUCUAAGAUCAUGCAGGUGUGUCACAAACGAAAGAUCCCCGUGACCGCGCUCUCCGGCGGCACCAGUCUGGAGGGACACUUUGCGCCCACUAGAGGAGGGAUCUGCAUCGACGUGGGAAGAAUGGACAAGAUCUUGGACUUCCAUCCGGAAGAUUUGGAUGUGAUUGUACAACCGGCGCUGGGCUGGGAAGAUCUCAACGAAUAUCUUCGCGAGUCCGGCAUGUUCUUCCCGCCGGACCCCGGCCCAGGUGCGAAAAUUGGUGGCAUGGUUGGGACGGGCUGCUCGGGCACCAACGCCUACAGAUACGGCACGAUGCGCGAAUGGGUCAUUUCUCUCACGGUGGUUCUUGCGGAUGGUACGGUGAUCAAAACACGGCGGAGGCCUCGGAAGUCCAGCGCGGGCUAUAACUUGACUCAAGUGUUCAUCGGCAGCGAGGGCACCCUUGGCAUUGUGACGGAAGCAACGUUGAAAGUGACGGUGCUUCCUAAACGGCAGUCGGUGGCGGUUGCCACGUUCCCUUCCAUCCACGCAGCGGCCGAGUGUGUGGCGAAAGUGGUUGGGGAGGGGAUCCAACUGGCAGGCAUGGAAAUCCUGGACGACGUUCAGAUGCGAUGUAUCAACAAGAGCGGGACGACGAGCAGACAAUGGCAAGAAGCGCCGACCCUGUUUUUCAAGUUUGCCGGCACGGCCGAGGGGAUCAAGGAACAGAUUCGCAUUGUGCAGAAGAUGGCCAAGAGCAGCCAAAACCAAAGCUUUGAGUUUGCGAAAAAUGACCAAGAGGCUUUGGAACUUUGGAGUGCGCGGAAAGAAGCGCUGUGGAGCGUGAUGGCGAUGCGACGAGACCAAAACGACCAUGUUUGGACCACCGAUGUGGCGGUCCCCAUCAGCAGACUCGCGGACAUCAUCCAACAGACUCGGGACGACGUGGCCAGCAGUGGGUUGAUUGGGGGCAUUUGCGGCCAUGUCGGCGACGGCAACUUCCACACGAUUCUACUUUACAACAAUGCGGAGAAGCAGGUUGCGGAAGAUGUGGUGCACCGCAUGAUUCGUCGCGCCAUUGAAAUGGAUGGGACCGUUACCGGAGAGCACGGAGUUGGAUUGAAGAAGCGCGAGUCUAUUCGGGAAGAGCUGGGGGAUGAGACGGUGGACGCGAUGCGGAAGCUCAAGCAAGCGUUCGAUCCUCUGGGGCUGCUCAACUGUGACAAGAUUGUGCAGAUUGAAGAGGGUCAUUGA